ACUUCAUAGUACGGACCUGGAUUACGCCGAAAUCGAAUCGAUAGCUCGAACGGAAGACAAAUCAACGAAAUCAAACGAACGGGUCAAAUUGAGUCAAAAUACGAAAUCGACCAAUCAAUCCGGCGUGGAGGAACCAAAUCCCGGCUCCCUACGUGACUGAACGAACCACUGCGCACUGACUUCUAGCUCGCCGCCGGCGAUGGUCGCCGUCCACACCAUGAAGCACCCGCGUCUUCUCUUACAGAUCCUUCUUCUCAUCCUUCUUGCAGUUUCCGUCCUCUCAUGGAAGAAAGAAGAAUUCCGGAACUGCAAUCAGGCUCCCUUCUGCAAACGGGCCCGUUCGCGCAAGGCCGGAACCUGUAAUCUACGCGCAUCACAUGUCUCCAUUUCCGACGGGGAUCUCGUCGCCAAGCUCAUUCCUAAAGAAGCGAGCUCAGAGAGCGAAGAUCCAAUGAAGCCGCUAGUUCUCUCCAUCUCUGCGUACCAAGAUGGUAUAAUGAGGCUGAAGAUCGACGAGGACCAGACAUUGCACCCGCCCAAGAAGAGAUUCGAAGUUCCAGACGUGAUAGUUGAUGAGUUUCCAAGCAAAAGGCUGUGGUUACAGAGACUUAAAGAGGAGAGGAUCGAUGAAGAUUCGGCUGUCUCAUCUGUGAUUUACUUGUCCGAUGGGUACGAGGGAGUACUGAGGCACGAUCCAUUCGAGGUUUUUGUGAGGGAGAAGGAAAACGGGAAGAGAGUACUUUCCAUAAACUCGAAUGGAUUGUUUGAUUUCGAGCAACUGAGGAAGAAGCAGGAAGGGGAAGAUUGGGAGGAACGAUUUCGAAGCCACACUGACACAAGACCGUACGGACCUCAAUCCAUCAGUUUUGAUGUGUCAUUCUAUGGAGCAGAUCACGUUUAUGGCAUUCCAGAGCGUGCUUCAAGUCUUGCUCUGAAGCCCACCCGAGGGCCAGGGGUGGAUGAAUUCUCCGAACCAUACAGGCUCUUCAAUCUGGAUGUCUUUGAGUUUCUCUCAGAUUCACCAUUUGGGCUUUACGGAUCAAUCCCCUUCAUGGUUUCACAUGGGAAAGCUAGGGGAAGUUCAGGAUUCUUCUGGCUGAAUGCUGCUGAGAUGCAGAUUGAUGUAUUGAGCUCCGGUUGGAAUUCAGAUGACUCUUCAAACCAAAGCCUUCCAUUGGAAGAGGAAAGGAUUGAUACUCUUUGGAUGAGCGAGGCUGGUAUUGUGGACACAUUCUUUUUUAUAGGCCCCGGACCUAAAGAUGUAGUUAGGCAGUACACUAGUGUGACAGGAACGUCCUCAAUGCCACAACUGUUUGCUAUAGCUUAUCAUCAGUGCAGAUGGAAUUACAGGGAUGAAGAUGAUGUUUUUAAUGUUGAUUCAAAAUUUGAUGAGCAUGAUAUCCCUUAUGAUGUUUUGUGGCUUGAUAUUGAGCACACAGAUGGGAAAAAAUACUUUACAUGGGACAGGGUGCUGUUUCCCAACCCAGAAGAGAUGCAGGGGAAGUUGGCUUCAAAAGGACGGCACAUGGUUACCAUUGUGGAUCCUCAUAUAAAGAGGGACGAUUCGUACUACAUUCACAAGGAGGCUUCCCAGAAAGGGCAUUAUGUGAAGGAUGCUACCGGUAAAGAUUACGAUGGCUGGUGCUGGCCUGGUUCAUCAUCUUACAUCGAUGUGUUGAAUCCAGAAGUUAGGUCGUGGUGGGCGGAUAAGUAUUCACUAAAAAACUAUGUUGGUUCCACCCCAUCCUUGUAUAUCUGGAAUGACAUGAACGAGCCUUCUGUGUUUAAUGGUCCAGAGGUGAGCAUGCCAAGAGAUGUGUUACAUCUUGGAGGUGUUGAGCACAGGGAGUUGCACAAUGCAUAUGGCUUAUACUUUCACAUGGCAACUGCUGAUGGACUUUUUAAGCGAGGGGAUGGGAAAGAUAGACCCUUUGUAUUGUCAAGGGCCCAUUUUGCCGGAAGUCAAAGAUUUGGAGCAGUUUGGACUGGAGAUAAUACAGCUGACUGGGAUCAGCUAAAGGUUUCGGUUCCGAUGAUUUUAUCUCAUGGCAUAACUGGAAUGGCAUUCACAGGUGCUGAUGUUGGUGGAUUUUUUGGCAAUCCGGAGCCUGAGUUGUUGCUCCGAUGGUAUCAAUUAGGUGCUUACUAUCCAUUUUUUAGAGGCCAUGCCCACCAUGACACUAAGAGACGAGAACCAUGGUUAUUUGGAGAACGAAACACAGAACUUAUUAGGGAAGCGAUACACAUUCGCUACAUGUAUCUCCCUUAUUUCUACACACUUUUUAGAGAGGCAAACACUAGCGGCAUUCCAGUUGCACGUCCACUCUGGAUGGAGUUCCCCAGCGAUGAAAAAACUUUUGCCAAUGAUGAUGCCUUGAUGAUUGGAAGUAACCUUCUUGUCCAAGGAAUUUUCACUGAGAGAGCCAAGCAUGUAUCGGUGUAUCUUCCUGGAGAUCAGUCUUGGUAUGAUCUUAGAAGUGGAUCUGCCUACAGUGGGGGUCUGACCCACAAAUUUGAGGCUAUGGAAGACAGUAUACCAGCUUUCCAAAGGGCUGGAAGCAUCAUACCUAGGAAAGACCGUUUUCGUAGAAGUUCUACGCAGAUGGAGAAUGACCCUUAUACCCUGGUCAUUGCUCUUAAUAGCUCCCACGGUGCCGAGGGAGAGCUCUACAUCGAUGAUGGGAGGAGCUUCGAUUUCCUGGGAGGGGCCUACAUCCACCGCCGCUUCAUAUUCUCCAGAGGAACUCUCACCUCUCUUAACCUGGCACCAUCUUCUGCCACUAAAAAGUUUUCAUCAGACUGCACAGUGGAGAGGAUAAUUUUUGUAGGACUAUCAUCUGCUGGGUUAAAGUCUGCACUUGUGGUGCCAGGAGAUAAGAAACUACAAAUUGAGAGUGGGCCACUGCUUCUCCGAGCUGGUGCCCCAUCAUCGGCCCUCACUAUCCGCAAGCCCAAUGUGAGAGUAGCCGAUGAUUGGUCGAUAAAGAUCUUGUAAGCUAUAUAUGGGAGAAUGCACUGAUCUGGUUUGCGCAUUGAUGGAAGGAGGCAAUUAGGUCAGCAAACAAUCUUUUUCAUGGCCUCGUCCUUCCAUCUUGCAGCUGGACCAUUACAGUAAGUUACACUUAGUCAAGAAGUUGUGAGUGGUGAUGAUGACAACUUUGACAAAAUAGGGAUGCAGAGAUUCAGAGAUGUUCCAGAAUAAUAGGAAGCUAUUUCAGGUUUCCACUUUCUCACUUAAACUUUAGAUUCGUACCCGUGCGGUGUACGUGAAGAAAAUUAGUACUAGUAUAAUUUUGAUGGAGUGCGAAAUUAAGAACAUGGAUUAUACGCAAAAACACAGAGCUAUUAUCUUCCAAAAGCUAACUUUGAUUGAUGUUUUAUUAAAAAAUUACUUUAAAGUUU